AUGGCACCAGAAAGCUGCAAUUUUUUCUGGACAGCUUACUCAAAUGCUACAUCAACUGCAGCUUUGAAGUUGGCCCAUGUGGCUCACAAAGAGAUAGGUAGGCUGAAUGCACCAUUUGGGAGAGAGAGUUCUACAGCAUUGGCCGAGCCUGGAUUUACAUGGACCGGCCGGCAUCCGGUAGUCCAGGUUUUGCAGGCCAAUCCAGUCUCUUUGCCACAGCCUGUGCAGCCAGUCACCUUGCCACAACCCGUGCUGCCACUCGAACCUGACCAGGUCAUGUUGGCGCAUAAUUCAAAGCCGUUGACAUCCUCCAAACACACCAUCGCAACCCAAGCUAGGCGCUCGGGAUGCCCAGGACGUCCUUCAACUCGAGCAGAGGAAGCUAACAAAAUUGGUGAUACCAGCUCACAGCAAGUGACGAAGGCGGCACCUAAGAGAAAGCAGAACGCGGUACAGCCCCAUGCUUCAGAGUCUCGGAAAAAGUCUCAGAAAUGA